AUGGCGACCACUUUCACUGGCACACAAGUUUAUCAAAGUGACUUUGAUCCUCAGAUAUAUUUAGAUACAUAUUAUGGUGCUGUAUCUGGGGUUUUCAUUAAAGAUGGAUACUUGGAGUUCAUACUGAGAAAAUUGCACUUAGCCUUUACUACAGGUAAGAAUAAUUCCAAAAAGGAUUGUACGAGAUCGAUACAUUAUUUGUUAGUUCUUUUCGGAACACGGUAAAGCAUAAUGUACUUUUGGAUUCUAGCCAUUGUGUGUUCCUCUUGUCAUAUUAAGUCCAUUUUGUUCUGUAAUACAAUAAUGAAGAAACAUGUCCAACUCAAAAAGUAAUCAUUCAUAUUGUAGCUAUUAAGGUUUUUUGAUAUAAUGAUGUAAAAGAACAAAAUAUUUAGAAACACUUUUAAAAAUCUUGUGAUGAUAGCUAAAUGACACUGAUAACAAAUUGUUUUUAUUAUUAAUAACAUCACAUAUCUAUAUUCCUUUACACUAUGCUCUGCAGUCACAAUUAAUUAAAUGUGGAGAAAAUAAAAGACAAUUAAAUUACAGUAAGUAAAGUAUAUAAUAGAGAAAAAGAAUUAGGCUGGCAAGCAGUCAAGUAAGAGUAUGUAAAAAUAUUGAAAUAAUCAAAUAUCACUAAUAUAGAAUUCAUAACAUAUAUAUAUAGAAUUCAUAACAUAUAUAUACAUAUAUAUAUAUAUAUGUUAUGAAUUCUUAGCAUAGACAAUUAAAUACUUACUGUUACCUUGGAACUAAAAAAAAUCAAUGAUUGAGAAGAUUUUAUAAAAUUUGACAAUAACUCUGUUUGAAUAUAAAAAUCUGAACAUGGUUUUGAAUGUCCUUUUUUUCUCUUUUUUGUGUUUGUUAUCUCAAACAGGGGGAGUUAAGGGAGACACCAUGAUUGAUAUUGGGCCUGGUCCAGCCAUUUACCAGGAACUGUCUGCUUGUGAAGCCUUCAAUGAGAUCACUGCUGCAGAUUUUACUGACCGCAACAGAGAGUACCUGGAAAGAUGGAGAAAGAAUGAGCCAGGGCUGUUUGACUGGACACCUGCAUUAAAGUUUGUCUGCGACUUAGAAGGACGCAGGUAGGUGACAAUGUAGCAAACAUCCACAAGAAAAAUAUUUGCUAGAUUUGGAAAUUCUAGGAUAACUGUAAUUCAAAGAAUCACAAAGACAAAGAUGCAUUUAGAAUGAGUUGAAAUUUCAACUCUUUCUUUUUCACCUGAACUUACCAACAAACUCAAGACCUAAAAUACUAAAUUCAGUACCAUGAUGGGGGGAAAUUAACACACAGAUUAAUUAUCAACGAACUGUGGAAAAAUACUCCUUUAAGAAAAUAAACAAUAUGAAGGUUUACAAAAAAUUAUGGAAUCCCUGGUUAUAUCGAUCUAAACAUCUCCUAGAAGUAAGUUAUGAAAUAUGGCAAUACCUCCCUAUUUAUCUAUUUUAAAGGAGAAAGAGUUGAGGAGAGAGAGGAGAAGGAAGAUAAAAAGAUAAAUAUCUCUCUUUUCUCUCUAUCUCCUCCCGUAGAGCAUUUAUGAGUGAAAUUAUGGAUGUAUGUUAGGUAUAAUUUUAUUGGUAUGUUUGUAUAUUGACCAGCUUUAAAUAUAACAGUCAUCGAUAUGUAUAUUGACCAAUAUAAUUUUUGUCAUAUGUUGUUGUAUGUUUUUGCAUAUUUUACUUGCAAUCAAAUUUAUAAUAAAAAAUAUAUUUAAACAAAAAAAUGAAUUCAAGUUCAUGUAACAUUUAAACCUAUGCUUGUUUGUAUUUCCAGUGGGAAGCUUGCAGAGAAACAGGAAAAACUAAGGAAGACUAUUAAGAGAGUGGUCAAGUGCGAUGUUACCAAAAGUAACCCUUUAGAUCCACUGGUCUUGCCAAAGGUUGACUGCGUUCUCACUGUAGGUUGCUUGGAAUGUGCUUGUAAAGACGAGAUGGCCUACGGAAAAGUAAUCAGAAAUCUAUCAUCUCUUCUAAAAAUAGGAGGGCACCUAAUCAUCGGAAGCAUACUGGGUAGUACAAUAUUCCGAUGUGGAUCACAGCAAUUCACUCUCAUAAACCUUAGUGAAACCUUUCUCAGGAAAGUCUUGACAGACAAUGGGUUUUCCAUUGUGGACCUAGAAGUCCUCCCAAGAGAUUAUGAUAAAGUAAUGUUUGAUAUCUGCAAUCAUACCUCUGGUAUUUUUAUCCUAGCACGUAAAAUCAAAGAGGUAUGA